AUGAUUCCAGCACAAUUACAAUAUGAAUCACUAUGGUUCAACGGUCCGCACUGGUUAAGUUCAGAUGAACAUAACUGGCCUUCAGCUCCACAGAUUGACGAAGAAGACUUUGAUCCUUCAGUUCUUGAAACCAAGAGCAUAACAGCUGCUUUACCAACACUUCCUCCCAAUGAAAUCUUCAGUUUAAAAUCGUCGUAUACGGAGCUUCUACGACUCACCGCUUGGAUUCAAAGGUUUUGCUACAACUCUAAAACGUCGAAUCGUAACAACCGUCGUAAAGGUCAACUUACCGUGCAUGAAUUAGAUGAAGCACUGGAUUCUCUAGUACGCGUCUCCCAGCUUGAAUGUUUCCAACAAGAGGUAGCCGACCUAUCAAUGGAUAAAGAAAUUCGAGAAUCAUCGAAACUGUCGCCCUUGCACCCGGAGCUUAGGAAAGGCAUAAUUUGCUUUGGCGGCCGGCUUCGUCACGCUCAAAUUGCAACUCGUCGUAAGCAUCCGUACAUCCUUGAUCACCAGCAUCCGUUUACGCUCCUCAUUAUUGCACACUACCACCGGAAGCUAUUACAUGGUGGACAACAGCUGAUGAUUUCGGCCAUUCGAGAACGUUUCUGGCCUACUAGUAUCCGGAAUCUGGUACGGAAAGUCAUUCACAGAUGUAUACCUUGCUUCAGGGCGAAACCAAAAGUUCAAGAUCAGCUAAUGGCAGACCUGCCUCCCGAGAGAGUGAACCCCUGUUCUCCAUUUCAAAGGGUAGGCGUUGAUUAUUGCGGCCCAUUCCAGAUCGCCUAUCCACAACGUCGUAGUCGUCCUGUAAAAAUCUUUAUAGCCGUUUACGUAUGUCUAGUGACCAAAGCAGUGCACCUAGAACUAGCGUCUGACCUUUCCGCACAAGCUUUUAUUGCCACCUUGAAACGCUUCUCUUCUCGGCGCGGCAAGCCGGAGAUUAUCAUGUGUGACAAUGGAACUAACUUUGUCGGUGCAAGACGACAGUUAGAACAUUUGCGUCACUUGUUCAACAACCAGCAGUUUCAACAAUACGUUAUCAGGCAUUCUGCAGAUGAAGAGAUCCAGUUUAGAUUUAUCCCAGCUCGUUCGCCAAAUUUCGGUGGACUUUGGGAAUCUGCAGUCAAGUCGUUUAAACUACUUUUCAAGAGAACGAUUGGCUCGCACACCCUACUAUACGAUGAGAUGCUAACAGUCCUAACGCAAAUGGAAGCAGUAAUGAAUUCUCGGCCCCUUACACCGCUUAGUAAUGACCCGGACGAUUAUGAAGCUUUGACCCCCGGACAUUUUUUAAUUCAGCGACCUCUGACAGCAAUUCCAGAGCCCGAUUUGGAUGGAAUCCCAGAGAAUAUAUUAGCGGCCAAGGCCAAGGUCCUUAAAUUCAUCGCAGCAUCGCCAAAGCAACUAUGA